AUGAUAUAAGAGUAAUAAUAAGGGAUAACAGAGGAAGAGAAGGAACUCAUUUUGAUUGAGGAAUUAUCAUAAAAAUUGGAAGGUCUUUACAAGGAUAUGGAAUAGAUCAGAAGAGAGAAUUUGCUCUUUGAAUCCUAUAUAAUGAGGAACUCCAAGGAUUUGUAGAGGGAAGAGGAAGCGGAAGAUAAGAAGCAGAAAACAAAGAAAAAGGAUAAGCCUAUUGAUAAAAAGGUUGAAUUAAGUAUUAAUGUAUAGACGAUGUAAUUGACAAACGAGGAAAAGUACGAAAUUGCAUAAUUUGAGAGCGAUACUUUGAAAAAGAACAUUGAGGAGGGAAGAAUAAGAUCAGAUUAAAUAUUAGAAACCUUGAGAGCAAUUUUGGAGGAAACCGACAAGGCCAUCACAGAAAUUAGAAAGGAUGCUUUUGAUUUUCAGAGAGAAAUUUUAUUUGCUGGAGAGAAUACUAGGACUGGAAAGAUUGAAGCAGAGAGAAUAGAAAAAUACUUUAAAGAAAAACUAGCCUAAAAAGAUGCAUAAAUAGAGAAGUAUAAAUAAAAGAAAGCCAAUAUUGAAUAAUAAAUUACUAAAACAAGUAAUCAGAUUCAAAAGAAAGAGGAGAUGGGAGAUGAUUUAAAAUUUAUAGAUUUUCAUCAAUUGUAAAUUGAAAAUAAGAAAUAUGUUAAAUAAAUCGAUGAAAAGAAUAAAAAGUUAUUGGGUUUGAAGAUAGCCACAGGGAAGAUAUCUUCUGUUUUAAUUGAAGAAAGAAAUCUAUUAUAAAAUGAAAUAGAUUAAUGCAAUAAAUUGAUAUAAGAAAUUGAUGAUAAGAACAAAAAGACAGCUAAAACUUAGGAGCAGACUAAGAAGGUGAAAAGAUAAAUUGCAUCUUUGACGGAAAAGAAGAAAAAGUUUGCAAUCCAAUUAGAACAAGUGAAUAAUGCAACAAAUGAAGAUAUUCCAAAAGCUAUGACAUAUGUGUUGUAAAAAAGAAAAGAGGAGGAGUUGGUUUACAAAAUAAGAAACACGAAUAGAAAAAUUGAGAUAGCUGAAUUAGCUUACUAAAAGGCUUGUAAAGCAAUAGGAAUAAAUCCACAAAAACUUUGA